AUUUAAGAUAACAGCAAUAAAUGGGAAAUUGUUGUAAUGGCGGAGGAUAAGUUACAGAUAAAAUUGUGUAGCUAGAUGUGAGUUAAAAUGUAUAAGCAAAGAAAUAAAACUCAGAUAUGAUAAAUGAAAAAGCUAUAUUAAAAAUAUAAGGUAUUAUAAAACAUAGUAAUUAAGCUCAUGGUAGAGGUUAUUUAACUAGAAAGAGAAUGAAAAAAAUAAAGAAAGAAGUGAAAUAUGAAAAUAAAGAAUCAUAACAUGAAUCAAGUAGAUCAAAGAACUAGAAUAAUAAUAAAAAUGGUUAGUAUAAGGAUACUGCUUAAGAACCUAAAGAAGAAAGCUAUAAAAAUUAGGUUGAUUUGAUUAAGGUUCAUGCUCCAAGUGAGAAAUAUAAAAAAUUAGAUAGAAUGCCAGAUUAUUUGACACCUAAAACUAAAAAAGUAUAAGAGAGUAUUGAGUUUUAGGUUUCUGAUAAAAUUGAGCCUUUUGUUUAUGAUUAAGAUAAAGAUGAAUUUAAAGAAUUACCGUUUUUAGAACCAUAUGAAUUGGAUGGAGGAAGUGUUUAUAAAGGAUAAUGGAAGAAUGGGUAAAUUUAAGAAAUAAAUAUAAUAAUAGGCUUCGACAUGGAAGAGGUACUCAAAUUUGGCAGGAUGGAUCAAUAUAUGAAGGAUAUUGGUACUAGAAUGUUGCUUGUGGGAAAGGAAGAUUGAUUCAUGCUGAUGGAGAUAAAUAUGAAGGAGAAUGGAAAAAUGAUAAAGCACAUGGAUAUGUAAGAAUGUAAAAUAAUAAUAUUAAGGGAAAAUACGUUCAUAUGGAUGGAGCAUAAUAUGUUGGUUAUUGGGAAGAUGAUAAAUAGAAUGGAAUCGGUAAAGAAAUAUGGCCAGAUGGUGCUAAUUAUGAAGGAUAAUAUAAAAAUGGAAAAAAACAUGGCAAAGGUACUUUUAAAUGGGCAGAUGGAUCAAUUUAUAUUGGAGAAUUUGAUUAGAAUAAUAUUCAAGGUUAAGGAGAAUAUUAAUGGGAAGAUGGAAGAAAGUAUGUUGGAGAAUGGAAGAAUAAUAAAAUGGAUGGAAAAGGAGUAAUCAUAUUUAUAGAAUUUAUCUAAGGUUUUCACUUGGCUUGAUGGUAGAAAAUAUGAAGGAGAAUAUAAAGAUGAUAAAAAGCAUGGUAAUGGAGAAUUUAAAUGGCCUGACGGAAGAGUAUAUAAUUUAUUACUUUAUUUAGAUGUAUAAAGGUUAGUGGGCUAAUGGAAAAUAACAUGGUAUUGGAUUUUAUAUUGGUUCAUCUAAAGUUGAAAAGGAAGGAGAAUGGUAAGACGGUAAAAGAAUUCGUUGGAUCAAGAAAGGGGAAUAACCAACUAAAGAAGAAGGAAAUUGAAAUUCUCUAAGUUUAUAAUAAAUUUUUAUUGUUCUAUCA